AUGAAGAUAUUUGAUUUUCAAAUCAUUGCUGCUGUAACAAACAAUUUCUCAACAGCAAAUAAGCUUGGACAGGGUGGUUUUGGUCCAGUCUAUAAGGGUAAAUUACCAGAUGGACAAGAAAUAGCAAUAAAGAAACUCUCAAAAAGCUCAAAACAAGGAAUAGUGGAGUUCAAGAAUGAAGCUAAACUCAUUGCCACAUUCCAGCAAACUAAUCUUGUAAGGCUUUUGGGAUGCUCUCUUCAUGGAGGAGAAAGAUUUUUAAACUAUAAGUACUUGCCCAACAAAAGCUUGGAUAAUUUUUUCUCUUUGAUUUUCCGAAGUGUAAACUAUAGAGAGUACGGAUUGGAGGUUGUAAGCGAUACGGUACCGUACUUCCCUGUGAGGGUGACAGUGAGGUCAAGUUGGGAUGCUUUAACGAGAAUAACGGGGAUUUUAGGGACAGUGAGGAAUGGUGAGGUUGAGGAAAAAAGAAUAACGGACAGUACGGGAGCCAAAAGGUUGGCUAACAAGGUUUUGGCGGGGAACAAGUCUACUAAGGCACGGGAAUUAGAGGACAGGUUAAAAGAUGGUGAGUUUAACGAUUCAGAGAUGUUCAAAUUGUGCUUGGGGGUUGUCCGUCCAUUCCUCACCCCUACUGGGGCUGAAGCGCAACAGCACUAUGUCAUAUCUUUCCGAGCACUGGAGGAUCAAAGGGAUGAAAGGAUAAAUCGAUUGACGUGGGACCUACAAGGGGUCACACAUGUGAGGGUAGUUACAGGGCCACUACUUGAGAAUGUGAUUGACGCCGAGGAGGAUGAAGUCGCAAUCGAGAACCGAAAGAGCAGGUUUGUGAAAUCACCUUACACCGUACUAACACGUGGAAUUAAGAGGAAAACAAAGAAAAAAAUUGAGGAAGAAGCCAAAAGUGAGGGGGUUAAAGAGGUUUCUCGAGGAAGUGGGGCAGUUAUAAUGGAGGAGGUUAAGGCGGGAGGUGAAGGAAGCGGGGAUGAUGAUGCAAUAUGUAAUGAAGGACAGGCCCAAAUAUGGCCACAGUUGGGCAAAGGUUAA